AUGCUUUCUGCGAUGCCCCUUUGGAGAGUGCAUUUGGCGCUCGGCAGCUCGGCAGCCUCAGGCCUUGCUUGGUGGUGCGUGGCGAUCAACAAGACCACUAUGAUGGUAUGCAGGAGGGCGGCUAGCCUUGUCGCAUCAGCCGGGAAGCGUGCCGGCUUUGAAAGGUCAGUCGUCCGAGGAGCAGCUGCAGUGGCGGCGGCAGAGCGCCACAAGGGCACCCUCGCCCAUCUCUCCCGACCAUCCAACCACCACCACGAUGCAUCAUCCUCGAUGGCGGGUGCAGCGGGACUGCUCGCUGCGGCAGCAUGCCUCGCCGCCGCAGCAGUCUCCCAGCAGGACUCUCAAGAGCGCCCGGCCUGCAAAAGGGCUGCCAAGGCGGGCGGCAAGCGCGACGGCUUCCCCAUCAUUUCCAAGGCCGAGGUCGCUAAGCACAAAAGCGCAGAGGCGGGCGGUGUAUGGGUAACGUACGACGGGGGCGUGUACGACAUAACGGAGUUCAUCGCCAGCCACCCCGGCGGGGCGUCUAGGAUUAGCAUGGCCGCUGGCGGCGCGCUGGAGCCGUUCUGGAAGCUUUAUGCCCUCCAUAUGAAGGACGAGGUCCUGGACAUCCUGAAGACGUUGCGAAUAGGCAGUCUAUCCUUAGAAGACAUGGCGGAGAACAAGAGCAACGCGGACAAGAACAGCGACGACCCUUACGCCAAGGACCCUGCCAGGCAUCCGUUUUUCAUCGUGAACAACCCGCGGCCGUUCAACGCGGAGCCUCCCCCGGAGCUUCUGCUCGACGCGGGGUUCAUUACCCCCAACGACCUGUACUACGUGCGCAAUCACCUCCCAGUACCCGAUGUCGACCCCGACAAGUACCGCCUCCACGUAGAGGUGGAAGGAAAGGGAGCACGGUGCGUGCAGUACUCCCUGGCGGAUCUCAAGACCAAGUUUCCCCAGGUUAAGGUGGUCACUGCUAUCCAGUGCGCGGGCAACCGGCGGGAGGACAUGACGAAUGUCAAGCCGGUCAAGGGGCUGGGGUGGAGUUGCGGCGCCAUUAGCAACUCGGAGUGGACGGGCGUGCUGCUGAGAGAUGUGCUGGAGCACGCCGGCGUGAACGUCAACGAUCCAGAGAGUUCCGGCAUCGAGCACGUUCAAUUCGAAGGGCUUGACCGCGACCUGACGACGUGCUACGGCUCGUCCAUCCCGGCUGGCAUGGCCGUGGACCCCAAGGGGGACGUCCUGUUGGCGUUCGAGAUGAACGGGGAACCCAUCCCGAGGGACCACGGCUUUCCCGUCCGGGCGGUCGUGCCCGGCGUCGUGGGCGCGCGCAACGUAAAGUGGCUAGACAAGGUGAUCGCUUCGAAGGAGGAGAGCAAGAAUCAUUGGCAGCAAAAAGACUACAAGGGUUUCAACUCGUCUACUGACUGGGACACUGCUGACUUCUCCAAGUCUCCGGCAAUCCAGCAACUGCCGAUCAACUCGGCGAUCCUGUCACCAGCCGAUGGGUCGUCGGUGUCCCAAUACGACGACGAGGUGACGGUUAAGGGGUACGCAGUGGCUGGAGGCGGUCGCGCGGUGGUACGGGUGGACGUAAGCGCGGACGGGGGGGAGACUUGGACCUCUGCGGAACUCAAGCCGACGUCGCAGCCGUUGUAUAGGACUUGGGCGUGGACACUGUGGGAAGCGUCGCUGCCAGUUCCGAAGGGCAAAGGCGAAAUGAAGCUGGUGUGCAAGGCGGUAGACGCCGGGUACAAUUCUCAGCCCGAACGGCCGGAGCCUAUCUGGAACAUCCGAGGCGUGCUUAGCAACAGCUGGCACCGAGUGGGGCUUAAGGUCGAAGACGAGUGACCGAAAAUAACCGAACUGGUGACAACGCCCACGUUGACAAAAAUUGCCCCUCUUGUAGGAUUCUGGAGUGGUCGCAUAACCGUGGUUCAGCUGUUCAGUUGGUACCCUCGUAAAACUGUAUGGUCCUUGGUCGUUGGUUUAAGUCUCCCUGUAAGUGAAAAUAGUCGCAUUUUUGAAUGACGGUGCAUAGUCGUGAGUGCACACAACAUUGAGGGCAGGGGCGGCUGAACCGCUGAACCCUUUUCGUGUUAAGAGUUGAAGGCCCGCAACGCAGGGGAACAAAUGGAGAGCGACAAAAAGCACAUGGUCGUAUGUUUGCCUUCCUCCUCGAAGACCCCGGCUGGAGCGUCAAUAUGUCGUAGAGGUGUAGACCGACGCCCAGCUUUGAUGGGCGAAAAAACACACAGAAGCGUGUUCAAAGACAUGUUGUCUUGUAAGAAAGCAUAGUAUUGGAAGGAAGGAGUAGGGGUAGGGGUAAGAAGUUGGAGCUGUCUGUCUCAUUGUUUCAUGUUCCCCUUGCAGCCGAUCUCCCAUCGCCCUCAGAUGUGGCCCGGCGUGGUCCUCUAUUGUACCACACCCCCGCCAGUUCUAAAUAGGUGUAUUGCUGCGUUGGCUAGGCCCGCAAGCUACUUUC